UCUGACUAUUAAACCCAAAAUUUAAUGAAUUUCAGAACUGGAGCCAAAGAGGUCUCCCCCCUUUCUUCUGUGACCUGGAUAAUUUAGGGUUCACAUUUUCUCCAAAUUUAGUGUGUUCUAAUCUUGAAUUUGUCCAAAAGAUUGGAUCUUUCAAGUUUAUGAUCUAUGGGUUUGUCAAUUGGAGCUCGUAGCAGCUGAAGGGAUCAUUUUUCUAUUACUCCAGUUUCACUCAUGGGCUGCACACUUAUCAGAUUUUACUGCAAAAAGGGCUAUCUUUCUUUCAAUUUCUUGUUCUGAAAGCACAGCUCAAGUUCAUAUUUAUGAUCAGCUGAGAAGUGAGAACCCUCUGGAAGCUACUUUAAAGUGAUGAAUUGCACUCUCUCUUUGAGGAGCUAAAUCGAGUAGUUCAAUUCGUGCGGUCAUACUUCAUAGCCUCCACUUGGCAGAUUGCACCGGGUGAGCAGUACAGAAGAUUGGGAGUGUUGCCCUGUUUUCCCUCGAAUUCCUGGUUCUAAAUAAGCUUGAGCAAUCCUUUUUAUGCAAAACCCAAAAAUUGUGCUACCUUCCUGCUUCUCUGCUUCUCCCAUUUUUGUGCCAAACAUGAAGUUUCCUGAUAUUCUCUGAAGGUUAGGGAACGGUUGUUUUUGGUGUUUGUGUUGGAAGCAUGAAGUAUAUUUAACUUCUUGUCAUGUCAAAGGUCCAAACAAUGACAAUGGAUGUCUCUGCUAGAUGUUGGACCUAAAGAUGGAAUUCUUCAUCUGAUGUUGCAGACUAUCUUGAUCACAUCUAAUGGAGCUUGUAAGCUGGGUGCAUUUGGUUUCACGCCUACAGGUCACUCAUCCAGUGAUUCAGCUAAUGUGCAGGCUUUCCACUAUGCUUACAUCAUAUCGGCUAUUGCUCUCCUACUUUCAUUCCAUUCAGCAAUUCCUGCAGCCGACAUAUCUGGAGCUUGUGCUGCGGGCAUUGGGUUGAAGGGGUUUAUGUUAUCUGUCAAUGCUAUAUCUGCUUCUUCUUCAACAAAAUAUGCGUCAUUUGGAACAUGCUCGCGCAUGAAGUUGUGCAAGGCACAAGAAGUCAGGCUAAUAUUAUUUUGAGUAGCCAUCAUAUACUUCUGCAUGGGGCCCUUAAGUAUUGAAAACCGCUUCUUCAAGACACUAAAUGUGCGUUCUAUAAUAUUUCUUAACGAUGCAUGCCGUUUGUUGAAGAGUGUCCUCACUGCCCGCUCUUGCGCGGUUCUCCGUCA